AUGAAAACCGUACACUGCCAUGGAACGCCGUAUGAACUUGGACACGCACACGGAGUUGGCGCAAUGGAAAUGGUUCAACGGAGUGUCUCAUUCUAUAAAAAGAUGUUUGCCCAUACGUGCAAACUCAAGUGGCCUGUUGUUCGCACAAUCGCAGAAGACUGGAAGAGGGAGAUGAAGCGAAAGUGGCCACAUUACUACAGCGAGAUACAGGGCAUUGCGGAUGGUUCUCAGAUGCCACUGAUUGACAUUGUGAUCCUCAAUAUCCGUACGGAAAUUGCGUUUGGGAUGUUCAACGAUGGGUGCACGAGUUUGUACUGGAAAACCGACAGAUAUUCCUUUUUGGCACAGAACUGGGAUUGGAUGGAGGAGCAAAAGCAGAACCUCCUUGUCUUGAAUAUCGUCAGUGACACAGGGCCUCGCAUCAAGAUGAUCACGGAAGCAGGGAUUAUUGGCAAGAUAGGGCUCAAUGAACUGGGCGUUGGCGUCUGUCUCAAUGCUAUUAAAGCGCCCGGCUGUGAUCCGUCGCGACUUCCAGUCCACCUUGGGCUUCGAGCGGCGCUGGAGAGCUUGUCAGCGGACGCGGCUGCUCGGCAGCUGAAAGAAGUUGGAAUUGGUGCAUCCGCGCAUUUUCUAAUUGCUGACCAAGAAAAGGCUUUCGGACUCGAGGUAACAGCACGAACGAUCGAGACUAUCCAGACAAAUGGAAAGGGUCAGAUCUUCCAUGCGAAUCACUUGCUGCUACCGCACCGUGGUGUUGUAGAUGCAAAUUGGCUGGUAGACUCGCCUAGACGACAGCGGCGGAUCGAGCAGUUGGCCCUCAAACAUGUAUCUUCGACAGGUCAAAAGGGACCAACCAUGGCGGAUAUCAUGGAAAUGCUAGAUGACCAUGAAGGGUUUCCGUAUUCGAUCUGUCGAUAUGAAGAGGGACCGCUGGGAAUGGACGCUACGCUGUUUAGCAUUGUCAUGGAGCUGCGAAGCAAAGGAGCCACUGUGCGUCUUGGACGGCCAUGUCAAGUCGAGGAGACAAUAGAGCUCGAUUUCUAA